AUGAAGGACCUAUUUCCGACUAAAAAGAGCUUUUUUGCGGCUCUUGACCGACUGGAUGAUUCGGAUGAUCAAGAUGAAGAAGAUAAGAGCUGGGAGAGUCUCCUGACUUCUGCAGACAAAGAACUUGAUAAACCAAAUCCAAAUAGAGUCGCUCUUUCCCCGGAGUGUAUCCCACUUCCUCGUGCAAAUUCGGACCCUAUAUCUUCGUGUGACAGCAAGAGAAGCAGUCCCGUCGCUUUCCCCAAACCUGCUCCUACGAACCGCCCUGGGACGACUGGAACUAUGCCUACCAUCAAGAGUGGAGGGCCUCCUCGAAAGAAAAGAAGAACCAAUAGUGCCAAGAUAAUCCCAGAUGACCAGCAAAUCUUCAAGGGAUUAAUCUUCUUCUUCUUCCCAAACAACGAUAUAUCUCCAUUCCGACGAUUGCGCAUUCAACGAGCGCAAGAUUAUGGUGCACGAUGGAGUCGAAAUUGGGCCACCGACGUCACUCAUGUAAUUAUGGACAAAGGCUUGCUAUCAACGGAUCUCCUUAGCUACCUCAAGCUUGAAGUUUUGCCAACGAGUGUUGCUCUUGUGAAUGAAUCCUACCCAUCCGAGUGUAUCCAGUUUCGUUCGGUUCUUGAUACCUCACACCUCCGCUUUGGUGUCAAUGGAUCCCCAACGACCGCCGAGAAGGAGAAGCCCCCAGUGGCAGAACCAUCACCUCCUGAUUCUCUCCCAUCGAAACCAUCGCGGCGGGAGAAAAACCAGUCCCCAGACCGUUAUUUGUCUCCAGUCGAAGAACCGACGCCAAAUCUCUUGCCAAAAGACUUCCCAGAAACCGUACCCCAAAGUGUGCCCCUCGCUGUGAUCUCCGAACCGGUCCAUGAAACUGCAACCGAAGAAGUGUGUACAAGAGGAAACUGGGAGCGGGAUGCACUGGACGAUAUAAUAGAUGAGGCUAAGGCCACAAGUCAUCUGCCUCUGGAUCCAGUUGAAUUUCCCAUUGACGAAUUUGCUGCUGAUGCCUCAGAUAUCGAAACCUCGAGCUCAGGGGAGGAGUCAAAUUGGAAGACACGAAAAACAUCCACUGGAGAAGGCAAAGACAAAGACAAAGACAAAUCUGACUGGACCAAAGGUUUCGCCUGUAUGCAGAAGUUCGAUCCGGACGCGAAACUUGAUAACCCAAACAACAGAACCAUCGAGGUACUUCAGCAAAUGCUGGAAUACUAUACCCAGACGGCAGACCAAUGGCGGAUUCUGGCCUAUCGCAAAGCGAUCAACGCUUUGCGAAAGCAACCAAACAAGAUUGCCACACGAGCACAGGCUCGGGCAAUCCCUGGGAUCGGAGAGCGGUUGGCUGACAAAAUCGAAGAAAUUGUCUUGACUAACCGCCUUCGUCGUCUCGAAAAUACCAAUCAUACCCCAGAAGACUUGAUAAUCAAAGAAUUUCUCGGCGUCUAUGGUGCUGGUCUUCCCCAGGCCUCCAAAUGGGUCGCGCAGGGCUACAAAUCUCUGAAGGAUUUAUUGGAAAGGGCCCCAUUGACUAAGCAGCAGCGUAUUGGAGUGGAACGCCACGGCGACUUCACGCAACGAAUUCCCCGCAAGGAGGUCGAAGCCCACGGGGCGAUCGUGCGAAAGGCGGUGCAGGCCGUGGAUAGGGAUAUGCAGGUGAUCAUCGGGGGCUCUUACCGCCGCGGGGCACUCACCUGCGGGGACGUGGACUGCCUGAUCACCAAACCAGGUGCCUCGCUGGAGCAAAUCCGCACCAUGAUGCUCGGUCUUGUUGUCCCCAGAUUGUUCAAUAGUGGCUUUCUGCAGGCCAGCCUUGCCAUCUCGUCGCAUCAGGAUGGAUCCAAGUGGCACGGCGCAUCAGCCCUACCUGGCACCAACCUGUGGCGUCGGAUCGAUUUGUUGUUCGUUCCUGAUGCGGAGAUCGGGGCGGCGUUGAUAUACUUUACGGGGAAUGAUAUAUUCAACCGGAGUAUGAGAUUGCUGGCACGCAAGAAAGGCAUGUGCUUGAAUCAAAAGGGUCUCUAUGCGGAUGUGCUUCGGCGCCAGCAGGUGAAACUGAAUGGGGGCCGACUGGUUGAGGGUCGGGAUGAACGUCGGAUUUUUGCUCUGUUGGGUGUGCCCUGGCGGCCUCCCGAGCACCGGAUUUGUUGA